AUGGGAGGCGAUCUCAACCUGAAGAAAAGCUGGCAUCCGCACUUGCGCAAGAACCAAGAGAGAGUAUGGAAAGAAGAAAAGUCUGCUCUCGAGGAGCGCAAACAGAUCGAAAAGCUUCGCAAAGAACGUGAAGAAGAGCGGGCCAUUGAAGAACUACAAAAGCUACAGGCUGAAAAAGGCGGCAAGGUCGUCACGAAACGCGUCGACUGGAUGUAUGCCGGCCCUAGUGGCGACGGCGGAGUUACCGAGGAGCGCGAGGCGUACCUCCUUGGUAAGCGCAGAAUCGAUAAUCUUUUGAAGUCGCAGGAUACGCAGAGUCUGCAGAAAGGCGCCCCAGUCGGCAUCGAUGCCGUGGCUGCUGAUACUGGCGCGAAUACGGCUCGCGACACCCAAAAAAAAGUACUCCAAGACCCUCUACUCAUGAUACAGAAGCAAAAAAUGGAGAUGCAGAUGAAGGCAAUGAAGAACGCACAUAAGGAAGCCCAGUAUGCUGAGAAGCGCGAAAAAGAGAAGAAGGAGCGAGAGAGGAAGCACCGGCACAGGGACCGGAGCAGAGAUCCGGAACACAAGCAUCGCAGCCGGCGAGAUAGAGAACGGUCGCGGUCGCGGUCACCGCGCAGGAGCGAAGAGCGUGCGCACCAUCGUCGCGAUCGUGAAAGCCACCGAAGACGAUCAAGGUCGCGGUCGCGGUCACCAUACCGUAAUCACAACAGCCGACGACAUCGAUCACGAACGCCGCGCGGAAGGGACGACCGUGAUAGAACCGACCGUCGUGAUGUCUUCCAGCGCGACAACUACAAGCGACGCGAUCGCACACCUCCUCGGACACAGCCUGAUGACACAAAAGCUAGUCAGAGCGCUGCGGACCGCCUCGCCAGCAUGCAAGCAGAGGCGACGUCGCUAGAAGAACAGCGAGCCGAGCGUGUCCGGCAACAGGAAAUUAAAGAUGCAGAGGAAGAAGAGAGAGUCAAAAAGGGUAUGGAAGGUGGGCGUCGCUUCAUCUCGAAUGUGCGAGCCCAGGCGGCGAACACGAACCUGGGUGACGCGAUUGCUCGCGGACGACCCAACCUGAAGGCAGAACUUGACGCUUGA